CUCUGGUCCCUACUGAUGGCCCCAGCUAAGAGCUCCUUUCUUCCUCUGAGUGUAGAGGGGGUGGGAGGAGGUGGAACUUCUUCUGAUUAAUUAAAUUCAUUAACGACCGGUGUCCCCAAAGUAACAAAUUUAAGCUUGCAGAGCUUGGGAGAACCUGGACCAUUCACUCUUGUCCCUACUGACGGUUCCGCUCAAAACCUCGUUUCUUAACUUUUCUUCCUCUGAAUACAGGGGGGGAAUUUCUUCUGACUAAUUAAAUUCAUUAACCACCGGUGUCCCCAAACUGCGGGUGCUGCUGGUGCCACCAGGCACUCCCACUGCCACAGCCCAGCUGAGCUGUUUGUCCGUCUGUCCACCCCCUCCCGCCGCCCCGUCACUUCCCAGCCCCGGCGUCCGGCUAUUGUCCCCCCGCAUCCGGAGCAGGAUCCGGCCCCGGUGCCGCCGGGGGUGACGGGGAUUUGGGGGGACAGGGACCGGCAUGGCGGGCGGCUGGGCGGCAGUGCUGGCCCUGGGGCUCUGCCUGGCCGUGCUGCACCGGGGAGGCUGCCACCUCCCUGAGACACCCCAACCUGCACCGGGUAAGGACAGGAUGUGGGUGGGGGACCCCAAAAAAUCCACUGUCCCCCCCCAACCCACGGCAUCCCCUCCGGCCACAGCGCUGCGGGACAAUUUCCGCCUGCAGCCGGGGGACUUGGUGGCCACGGUGGGACAAGCCCUGGAGCUGGAUUGCGUCCCCCCCUCCGGGCACCCCGAGCCCCGUGUCACCUGGAAGAAGGACGGGGUGACCCUGGACGUGAGCGGCGGGCGGUACGUGGUGACCGAGGGGAAGCUGCGGGUGAUGCCGGCGCGGCGCAGCGACUCCGGGCUCUACGUCUGCGUGGCAGCCAACGCGGCGGGCGAGAGGGAGAGCCGGGGCGCCCGUGUCGCUGUCCUGGAGAAGCCGACCAUCGUGCGGCACCCAAGUGACGUGGUGGCGGCGGGCGGCGACACGGUGGAGCUGGGCUGCGACGCGCAAGGGGACCCGGCGCCGCGGGUGCAGUGGCACAAGGAGCGCGGGGACCUCCCGUGGGGCAGGCACGAGGUGGACCAGAAGCACACGUUGCGCCUCUUCGCAGUGACGCCAGCCGACGGCGGCACCUACGUGUGCACGGCACAGAGCCAGCUGGGCAGCGCCGCCGCCACCACCCACCUGCGGGUGGCGGAGCGGCCACCACCUGGCCGAUGGGACGCUGCCCCACGAGACCUCCUGGCUGUGCGGCUCCACCUGGACAACGGCACCACGCUGCCCGCCGCCGCUGUCCGCCUCCGCUGGCAGAUGCUGGUGCCAGCGCCGGCUCCAGAGGGUUACGUGGUGCUGUACCGCUGCCUACACCCAACCAUCACCCCCUGGUUCCAGCAGGACGUGGGCAGGGAGCUCAGUGCCACCAUCCCCACCCUCCGUAGGGGACACAAGUACGAGUUCAAGGUCAGACCCUACUCUGGUGGGACCCAGGGCUUGGACAGCAACACCAGGCACCUCUGGAUACCUGAAGAAGUGCCGAGUGCGGCACCCCAGCGCGUCACUGUGGACCAGGCGGAGACAGGGAACGGCACCGUGGUUGUGAGCUGGGAGCCACCUCCUGAUGAGACCCACAACGGCAUCAUCCAGGGCUACCAGGUCUGGUCGGUGGGGGAGGGCUGGCAGCGCCCCACCAACAGGACUGUGGAUGGAGGCACCCACCGCCUGGAGACCCUUCCCACAACCCCCGGGGCCCGAUUCUGCGUCCGGGUGGCAGCGUUCAACGGCGCGGGGCUGGGUGUCCCCAGCAAUGCCACCUGCGGUGUCCUCGGGGUGACAGCAGGGAGCACUGGAGUGGCCCGGGUGCUGCGGCAGCCUGUUGUCAUCGCGGCCACCGGCUCAUUGCUCUGGGUGGCCUUGCUCGCCAUCCUCCUCCUCCUGUGCCAGCGCCGGGCCGGCCGGGACGCCGCAGCUCACCGCAGGCUGGUGGCCGGUGACUCGCCGUGGCUCAGUGGCCCCUGGAAACCUGGCUGUGCCCCCCCCAACCUCAGCAGCAGCAGCAGCCUCAGCAGCCGCCUCCUGGACCCCCACCCCUCCACCCUGUCCCUGGAGCCGCCGAGCAUCGGGCCCCCCACACCCCCAAUCCGGGGGGGGAACCUGCCACCCCCUGGGGACACAGGGGGACAUCCCGGAGUGCGCACGACCCCCAGCACCCCCAGCCCCGCACCCUGGGAGCGCAUCUGCAAGCCAGAGCUGCACCAAGUGCACAGCACCCCGCUACUCACCAGUGGCCAUGUCCCUGUCACCAGCAGCGGAGGUGAGUGGGGGACAGAUUUGGGGCUGGUGACUGGGUGGCCUCAGAGAAGGGGACACGAUGGUGACACCGCCACCGCCGUGGUGGCCAGAGUGGACCCGCGGCAGCUGCCAGUCUUCAGCUCCCCAAAACCACGGAGGGGCAGCGCCUCGCUGGCCUCUGGUGUCACCGGGUCACUGGUGACACCCCCAGCACCACCUCAAGCUUGGCACCCACCAGUGACACGGUGUGCGGCCACCGUGUGCCACAGGGACAUGUCCCCCAUGACCAGAUGCCCCAAGGAUGUGUCCCCUGCCACCAGGAGCCCCAGGGACAUGUCCCCAGUCACCAGGUAUCCCAAGGAUGUGUCCUCGGUCACUGGAAUCUCCAGAGAGACAUCCCCGGUCACCAGGAACCCCAAGGACAUGUCCCCAGUCACUGGGAUCCCCAGGGACCUGUCCCCUGUCACUAGGAACCCCAAGGACAUGUCUCCAGUCACUGGGAUCCCCAGGGACAUGUCCCCGGUCACCAGGUGCCCCAAAGAUGUGUCCUCGGUCACUGGCAUCCCCAGGGACAUGUCCCCAACUACCAAGAGACCCAAGGAUGUGUCCUCAGUCACCAGGAUCCCCAGGGACACGUCUCCAGCCACUCAGCGCCCCAGGGACAUGUCCCCAGUCACUGAGAGCACCAGAAAUGUGUCACCUGUCACCAGACACCCAAGGGACAAGUCCCUGGUCACUGAGCAUCCCAAGGACACAUUCCUGGCCACCAGGCACCCCAAGGAGCCACCAUCAGGCACCAGGCACCAGAGGGACACGAUCUCAGCCACCAGGCACCCCGAGGAGAUGUCCCAGAUCCCUGGACACUGCAGGGACACUUUCCUGGGGAGCAGGUACCCCAGGGACAUGUCCCCAGACACCAGGAACCGCAGGGACCCAUCACCAGUGACCAAGCACCAGAGGGACAUGUCCCCAGCCAGUGGGAACCCAAGGGACAUGUCCCCAGUCACCAGGCUCCCCAAGGAGAAGUCCCCAGCCACCAGACACCGCAGUGACACAUUCCUGGCCACCAGGUACCCAAAGGACAAGGCACCGUCCACUGUGAAGGACACGUCCCCAGACACCAGGCACCCCAGGGACAUGUCCCCAGUCACUGGUCAGCGGAGGGAAACAUUCUUGGCCAACAGGUACGCAAGGGACAUGUCACCAGCCACCAGGCCUCCCAAAGACACAUCUCCAGCCACCGGGCACCCUCAGGAGAUGUCACCAGUCACUGGUCACCGGAGGGACAUGUUCUGGGCCAACAGGUAUCCCAAAGACACGUCCCCACCCACCGAGCACCCAAGGGACAUGUCCCCUGUCACCGGGCGCCUCUCACCAGCACUCAGUGAUGGCGUCCUCACACCGCAGCAGGUGGCCGAGGACCUGGAGAUGGACCAGGACACCACCUGCCCCAGCCCCCCGGUGCCCACCACGCCGCGGUCCUUCUCGCCGCUGCACACCUAUGGCUACAUCUACGGGCCACCAGCCUCUGAGCUGGGUGAGGAGGAUGAGGAGGACGAGGAGGAAGAGGAAGAGCGGCCAGUGAUGCAGGGUUCACCGGGGGGGUCCCUGCUGAACGGGUGGGGGUCGGUGUCCGAGGACAACUUUGCCAGCGCCCGCUGCAGCCUGGUGAGCUCCUGCGAUGGCUCCUUCCUCCUGGACGCCAGCUUCGCCCGCGCCCUGGCCGUGGCCGUCGAUGGCCUCGGCUUCGGCCUCGGGGACAUCGAUGGUGGUUACGGGGCAGGUCCCUCACCACCACCAUCACCGUCACCCUUGGAAAGGGUUUUCUCGCCUAGCGUCCCCAUCCCCACCUGGGAGUGGGGGACAGCGCUGGGAGUCCCGCGGCACGGUGGACACGGGAGUGGCAGCCCCUGGGCCAGGGCAGGUGGAGAGCAGGGGACAGAAGGGACAGGAGCAUGGAUGUCCCCAAGAGGGAGGACACGACAAGGCCAGAGUCCCCUCAGCUCAGCUAAAAUGCAGUUUUAUUAAGCGGUUGCCCAAAAAGGGGCUUCCUGCUCGAAAAGGCCACCCAUGGAGGGUAGGUGGCACCAGGAUGGAUGUUGUCCCCAAGUGUCCUCAGCCCUCCCCAGAGUCCACCUCCUCCCAAGUGUCCUCACCCUCAUCAGGUGUCCCCAUCCUUCCUCAACAUCCCCCAACCAUCCGUUAUCCACCCGAAGUGUCCUUGUCCAUUGUCCCCAUCACUGUCCUCAUCCCCACCGACCAUUCUCAUUUCUUUUGUCCCCAUCCUUCCCAACCAUCCACGUCCUUCCUCAGUGUCCUUGUCCCACCUCGACCACCCUUGGCCCCCUCAAGUGUCCUCAUCUCUUCCAAGCCACCUUGUCCUUCCCUAAUGUCAUUGUCUCCCCUUUGAGUGUCUUCAUCCCUCCUGAGCAUCCUUGUUCCCAGGGUCCUCAUCCCUCUUGAGCAUCCUUGUCCCCCCAGUUGUCCUUGUCCCCAGGGUCCUCAUCCCUCCUGAGCAUCCAUGUCCCUCCCCAGCAUCCUCAUCCCUCCCAGCUGUCCUUGUCCCCAGGUUCUUCACCACUCUGUAAGCAUCCUUGUCUAUCCUGACUGUACUUGUCCCCCCCACAAGCACCUGUGUCCCAGCCUCGUGCUGUCACCCACAAGGCACUGGCUCCAUGUCACCCUAUUUCCAUGGUGUCACUCAGAAAUUAAAGAGCAUCCCCCCCGUC